ACUCGUAAUCAAGGUGCUUUAUUACAAAGUGAAGUUACGACAAAAAUCAAAAAACGCACGUUGGAUAAAUCGGAUGCACCAUGUGAACAACCAAAAAGGAGAGUGAAAGCUACUAAUAGAGUUAAUAGAGUUGAAAGUGCAGAACAUUAUUCCAAGUCUUAUGAUCCGGAAGAGUGUAAGGAAGAAUGUAUUAAUGUGGAACAAGACGAAGAAAUUAUAAGUGAUGAACAAAACGUUUCCAAUGAAAUAGACGAGGGGGAUGAGACCGAAUUUGAAUCAUUGAACUCUUCUCCUCCUUUGUCCGAGGAUCAGAACCCUCCACCACCGUUAAUUCCAUCACAGCUCAAAGAUUUUCACAAAUACUUCACAGAUAUGAGUAAAGCUCAUAAAUGGGUUCUUACAUCUGGAAAGUGUAUCGAAGAUACUCUUUUUGAACACUGCAAGGAACUGCUAAAUGAAUCACUCUUACAUUCAUGGAUUAUUGAUCUUGAUGACCGAGAGGCAGAAGAACUAUUUACUAUAGAAGAGUGGAAAGAAAUCCAGCGUGAAACCAGAAAAUUUCCGGAAGUUGACGAAACAUUUGUAGAAUCUAUGAUGCGAUUUGCCGAUGUUGAAACAGAAAGCGAACUAAGGAAGGUCUUAGAAACAACAUCCUUCCGAAAUGAAGAUGAGCCUUAUGUCCAAGAAGAUCAUUUUGAUGCUGAAUGGGCUGAAACUGUGAUGAGGAAAUUCCUUAUGUAUUACGAAAAUCAUAAUGAACCGCUAAAAAGAUCACAUCUCGAGUCUUGGUACGAUAUCAAUGUGUGGUCGCAUAUUGUUGACCAUGGUCUUUCCGAUAUAUUUGGAAUAGAAUACGGAGCAAUCGAAGUAGGAAAAAAAUUUGAUGAAACAAAAUUGCUAGCUGAUGGAUUUAAAAUUAGCAAAGCUAUGCAUGACAUCUUCGUAUGUUUGUGUAGACUUGUUAAUUUUGAAGAAACCAAGAUAAGGAAAUUACAAAUCCCGGGCAUUCUUCACUUGGGUCUCAAAUCACAAGUUUUACAAAUGAGUCCUAAAGGAUAUGUAACAAUCUUAAAACGAGAUAAGCUUCUUGAGGUGCCAGCUACUAUUGAAAAAAUAAAAGAUCUUAUAAGAGUAUUGGUUAGCAUAUGGAAGAAAAUGAUCAAAGAUAAUAUGAAGAUAGUGUUCACUGUCCAAAAUCCAAAUGACUUCAAGCGAGAAUUAUUAGGCGAAGAAUCUCCGGAUGGAAUAGAUGUUCCAUGGUCUCUUGAUUCUAUUGUGUAG